AUGGUACCCGAAGAGUCCCUGACUUUGUCUUACAAUGAGAAGAAAACUUGGGUAUCCGACCAGAAGCAGAUGUGGCCUUUGGAUUUGCAGCCAAAUCAUCCAUCAGAUGAGAGUAAAUUGUGGUCAUCUGCAGAUGAGGAGGAGGCUACAGUCGUCUUAGCUGGUACCAAUGAGCUGGUAUAUGGAGGAAUUGGUCAUUGA